GCCGGCCGUCGCGGACAUUGGCUGUCAACGGCUCUCCGUGAGGAGAGGCCCCGAGAAGGGAGGGGGGAGGAACGGACCCCUUCCGUUCUAACGGGCCUGAUUGGGUGGCCUGGGUUCGAAAGGGGCGUGGCCGGCCGGGGCCGAGGGUUAUAAAAGCGUUUGGUGGGCACUGGCCACCCUCAUUAAAUUGAGGGUGGCAGAGGAGGGUGGACGGCGACCUGGAGGGGGAGGAGGAGGAGGAAGUGGGAUCCCCGGUUGUCCCCCAUAACUAUAUGGCAAAAGGGAGAACUUAAGCGACGGGGUUUGGCGCCUGCCCAAUAGGGGUCGGGGCUUCCUGGCCACGGAACUCGGGGGUGAACUGUUGAGUGGGGGAGGGUCCAGUAAAGGUGUUUGAUCCGAAGUGAUCAACUAGAGUCAGGCGCCUAUGUAAUCCCUGUAAAGAUCAGGCUUAGACUGUGCAACUCUACAGCCUUUCGUGUAGACCCAGCACAAUGAAUUCCAAUGUGGAGAAUCUGCCUCCCCACGUGAUCCGGCUUGUGUACAAGGACAUCUCUGCCUUGACGUCAGACCCACCCGAAGGCAUCAAGGUGUUCCCCAACGAAGAAGAUAUCACAGAUGUGCAGGUCACCAUUGAGGGACCUGAAGGGACGCCCUACUCCGGAGGCCUCUUCCGCAUGAAGCUGAUCCUCGGCAAAGACUUCCCGGCCAGCCCGCCCAAAGGCUACUUCCUGACCAAAAUCUUCCACCCCAACGUGGGUGCCAACGGCGAGAUCUGCGUAAACGUCCUCAAGAAAGACUGGAAAGCGGAACUGGGCAUCCGGCACGUCCUGCUGACCAUCAAGUGUUUACUCAUCCACCCAAACCCAGAAUCGGCUCUGAAUGAGGAAGCGGGGCGUCUCCUGCUAGAGAACUAUGAGGAGUACGCUGCCCGGGCCCGCCUCCUAACUGAGAUUCACGCACAGCCAUCGGCCGGCCUGCGCACCAAGGACCCCGCCGAGCCUUGUUCCUCUUCGGCAGGCGCUUCCGGGGAGGGCCCCAUGGCCAAGAAACAUGCAGGCGACAGAGACAAGAAGCUGGCCUCCAAGAAGAAGACCGACAAGAAGCGAGCGCUUCGGCGGCUCUAGGGGACCAAGGGGGGUGGGGGUGGGCGGGAGGGGUUCUGGCACACGGGGUGGGUGGCGGGCAUUGGGCUUUCACAGUACAUCCUCCAUUUCUCCUCUUUCUUCCUUUCCCACCUGCCUUUUGAAGCUGCGGUCCAACUCUGUCUCGCCUUCGUCAGGUUUUUCUUUUCCACCUUUAAGUUAUUUAAAUUAUAAAAGCAGAAAAAAUCUAUUAAAUGCCUUUUUUUCUAA